AUGCGUGUUUUCCUUGUCCAAACCGCCAAGGGGCUUUCCAGUUCAUCUGGUGGCUACCGAGCGAACCUCUCGCUGCUCAAAUAUCUGGCUCAUCGAGGACAUGUUGCAGCUCAACUAUGUUUUGUUUGGGACCAGGAGGUUAAGGCUUAUUGUGACGAGAUGGUUAUAGCCGGCCUGAAACCGGAUCUCGAGACUCGGAACGUGUGGAUGCCAAUCGAUGAGCAUUCCGGGAUCAACAUGAGGACCUAUACGUUUGCCAGCAUUGAUGGAGUGAAGAAUGUUGCCAUAAAUGCCUCCGACUUUGAAAAAGCUCUUCCUGACAAAGUCAUGGCCAGUGAUACUGCCAGACUAAUCGAGAAAAAUGAAGUGAGCGCCCAGCUUCAAGUUUUUAUCCAGUUUAUGGAGAUGCAUAUCUCCCGCUUCAAACCUACACAUAUCCUAUUCAAUGACGGCUUGAUGCUGAAGGCAACGUUAAUGAAGCCCUCGGCUUUCGACGCAUCACGAAUAUUGAUCAUCCAUACGGCUGAACAGCUUCCUUUCGGGCCUUUCUCCGGCGGUAUCUCAGGAGGGUCUUGCACCUCUCGCGAAAACGAAUUAAUGCAUGGGGUCGACGGUAUCUGGUCGGUAUCCGAAGCCAUCAAGAAAUACGCAAAGGAACACGGCGAAAUUGAAACUACCUUCCUAGUUCAUCAUCCAUGGACUUACCUUGACAACAAGACCCAACAACUGCCGAUCCGAAGACACAAUUGGGAUAAAGAGGUCAUCGGAAUGGUCAAUCCGUGUCCAGUAAAGGGUAGUUCGAUACUCCGAGACUUGGCUAAACGAUGCCCUCAGUUCAAAUUUGCGGCGUGGUCCAGCUGGGGCACCAACCCGAAGGUCGAGGGCGAGCUACGUCAGUUGCCCAAUGUCGACCUUCGCCCAACGGCUCGCGACAUGGAAAAAGUCUGGUCGGAGAUCAAAGUACUCAUUGUACCAUCGCUUUGGCUCGAAGCAUGGGGUAUAGUUGUGAUAGAGGCACAAAUCAGGGGUAUUCCUGUAAUUUCGUCGGACGCAGGGGGUAUCCCGGAGGCGAAGCUUCAAAUUCCUCAUAUUAUACCCGUCAAGUCCAUCACGGGUGAGCGAACUCCCGAAGAUGGAUACGUCAUUCCGGAGCAAGACAUCGAACCUUGGGAACAGACUUUGACGAAGCUGAUGACAGACAGGGAUUGGUAUGAAAAUCUUUCGGAGAAGGCAUGGUACGAGACAAUCUCCUGGUUUACUGAAAUGGAUGAAACGGCUUUGGAAGGCUGGUUGAUUGAGUCCGCUAGGUCAAAAUCAAGGACGAAGAAGAUUUCAACAAGCGAUGGGGGUACUCUGAACGAUGUGAUUCAGGCGAGUCUUUAA